GCUCGAGCUGUGGUGUCUUCAUUUGCGCCUACGCAGAGCAUCUAACCCGGGGGCAGUCGCCACCUUUCUCUUUCUCGUCCAGUGACAUCUACAACAUCCAAGCAAAAAUGGCUACUCAAAUGCUACGUGGAUUCAUCCCCUAAAGAGAUUUACCAGCUUGAGAACGUUCCGCUCGAUCUUGGCAAACUCCAUCGCCAGUGCUUGAGCGUUGAAGAUGAAGGCGCCAAACACGACAGCAUCUUCCCAGUUCCGGUCAUCGCCCGCCGUCGCCAUCACCUCCUGGAACCUGGACCGGCACGCAUCAACCACUGACGAGCUCCAGCAGUCGACGUCGACGAGAUCUACGCUCGCGGACUGGCUCUCAACGUCUCCGCCACCUCCAGCAGUAUCUAACCGUACCAACACGGGGCCAAAGCAAGGAGCCUGGAGGUCCUGGAGUGUCUCGCAGCACCACGGCAGCCUUCUGGACCUCAGCUCCAGGAUGGACAUGACGAGCGCUUGCAGCAGAUCGAGGAUCCUGGCAUGGGAGCUCAAGAUCUUGGCGUAGGCCUUCUCCUGGAACGGGUCGGUCCAGCAGGGCUCCAGCGCCGCCUCCUGCACCAGCACGCCCAGCUUCUGCGCGAUGGAGCUCGCCUCCUGCCUCGCCUGCCCAAGCUCCUCCAGCGCGGACCCCUGGCACCUCUCGCAGCAGCACCGCGCAACGUCAACACCAGCACUGACCACCGUCUUCGCGCACCGCUCCAGCGCCGCCAGCCCCGCCGCCAGCGUCGACUUUGCGAGAACCGACACCUUUCUCGGGAAGACGAGGUACUCGACGACCACGAAAGCAGCAAUGCCGAUGAAGCUCUGCGUGAGCCGGAGCAUGGCGAGGCUGUCGAGCGAGACUCUCUUUCGGUGGCCGACGAGGAAGAUGGCGCCGAUGAGCGCCGAGACGUUACCAAGGGGACCGUAGAAGCGGUUGUGCUUCAUGAAGCUGGUGAAGACGAUCCAUCCGGCGAGCGCGACGAUGGAGAAGAUGGGACUGGAGCUCUGCGUGUAGAACGAGACGAGGUAGCCGAAGAUGGUGCCGAGCACCAUCCCGUGCAAGCGGAGGUCCGAGACGCGGAAGGAGCCGUCGCGGUGGGCGUUGAAGCCCAUCCCGAUUAUCAGCGUCGUCCAGUUGAUGUGGUAGCGGUUGUACGUGGAGCCCGCGUAGGAGCCGAGCACCAUAGCCAGCGAGAUCUUGAGCGCCACGAUGAAUCGCUCCCGGUCGUAGAGCUUGAGAAUCUGGCUGAAAAACCGCCAGUGAAACUCGAUCUCUUUUUCACUUUUGCUCUCCUCAAUUGGAUCCACGCUACUAAUUAGCUUGCA